AUGGCUAAUUUUUUUGAAUGUUUUUUAUCUGAAAUAGAAGGCAUUGAAUUGAUAUAUAGCAGAAUUAUACUUACUGUUGGAUUAAUUAUAAGUUAAGUGUUAAUAAUCUAAUUUGGGUGUGCUUUAUUUUCCUUUUUCACAGCCUAAAAAUAUAAAAGUAGAAUUAUGUCCAACACAAUUCUUUAUUUGUAUAUUUAAAAUUAUGCAACAUUAAUUAAAUAGUAAAAUUAAUUUAUUAUUAUUAGAUUCUUUUCUACUUUAGCAAUUAGAAAGAUUUCCUAAAUUGACUACAUAUAAGGUGAUGUAUCUUUACUCUAUGGAUCGAAUAAUCAUUUUAAUUGGAUAUAUGCUUUUAUAAUCCCUGGUUCAGCAUUAUUCGGAUUAAUAAUACCUUUAUCAUUAUAUAUCUUUCUAUAUUUAAAGAAGAAUGAUCUAAACAAAAUUAAGUAUAGAAGUCAUAUUGGAUAUUUAUUCAACGAAUAUACUAGAAAAAAUUAUUUUUGGGAAUGGAUAAAACUUUGGAAUAAAACUAUUAUAAUCAUUAUUUUAAUAUAUUUUGAAACUGAUAUAUCAUUAAAAGCUUCAUCGUUAGGAUUGUGUUUAUUAAUAUACUAAUACUUAUCCCAGCAUUUCAAGCCUUAUAACCUCCAAAAAUUUAAUUUAUUAGACGUUCAAACUGGAUAGCUUUGUUCUAGCGCAAUAUUUUUUGCAGCCGUCAAAUACAUAUGCGAUUAAUAAGAAAAUUAUACCCUUUCAUCCCUCAUUUAAACCAUCAUAAUACUUAUUAGUUUAAUCUUAAGUUACCCUUUUAUUAGAGGUAUACUAAAGGUUUAUUUCAAAAAAUAUAAGCCAGGCGUUUUCGAAAUUAUGCUUACAAUUUGUAAAAACUAUUAUCCAAAUUCUAAAUUUACAAAAUAUUUAAGCUUAAGACUUAUAAUAUUGAGAUAGAGAGAAAAGAAAAUUAAGAGCCACUUUUAAAAAAUGAAAUAAGCCUUUAAGAAAAGGAAAUAAAAUGAAAAGAAGCAGUAAAUUGUAUUAUUUAUUCUAGGUAAAAAAUUGUUUUGAAUAGUAAUUUAUCAAAAAAUAAUACAAUGAAUUUACUAUUAAAUCAAAGUCAGAAAAAGGAAUUUGAUAACUCCUGA